AUGAAUCGCAGGGGUCGGGAGCUUGUAGAGCAGUUCGUUUCAACGGCGCCAACGUUGGAGCCCUCAUCUGCCCUGGAACUGUGCUGCCUGUUCAUGCACUAUGUGAUGCAUGAGGCCAUACAAGAUCGAGGUGACCUGGAAAUGAAAAUUCUCCAGCAUGUGUUAAACACGGUCCAUGUCGAUCUCCUCCAGAAUGAGAAUAUCCACGCUGUCCUGUCGGAAAUGAACCAGGACAAGAGCCGACACCAAUGCAUCCUGCAAGCUUAUUUCCAAGCAUGCAAAGAAACGAGAUCGUCGGGAUUUGUGGGGACUAGUAGCCUCUUUUCUGAUGUCGACAACGGCCAUGCGCAAAUCUUUGCCCUGUUUAAUGGACAAGGCGUGGAAUCAUAUUUUGACGAGCUCCUGGCCGCCUACGACAUAUACCAUCCUCAAAUAGCUUCUAUAAUUGGCGCCGUGUCGGAAUCUCUCAAACACCUGGCACAUGACGAUCGAUUUAAAGCUAUGUUCCCACGCGGAUUGGAUGUGGACCAAUGGCUCCGCAUGCCAGAGUCUCGUCCAAAUGCCCAUUACCUCACCUGCGCCCCCAUAAGCUUCCCGCUCGUCGGCCUCUCACAAUUUGUGCAGUAUGCCAUCGCAUGCAUAAAUCUAGGUCUCUCCCCAGGAGAGGUACGGCAUGUGUUCGCUGGCGCAAUAGGCCACUCCCAAGGCAUCGUGGUAGCCGCCUUCGUGGCCGCCGCCGAUUCAUGGGAUUCUCUCUGCAAUGCAGCCCAGCAGGCGAUUAAAAUGCUUUUCUGGAUUGGCUGUAGAUGUCAGCAGCAGAUUCACGACAUUCAUCCAGCAUCUGUCGUGUCCAGUUGCAUGCUUAGCAUCAAGGGUCUUUCCCAGACUGAUGUCCAGCGACACUUGGACGAACUCAACCUCUGCCUACCCGCAGAAGAGGCAGUGUACCUUGCCUUGGUAAAUGGACCAGAGCAGCUCGUCGUCGCAGGACUGCCGCUUUCACUGCGGGCACUAGACCAGAAAAUCAGUCAAGGCCAGACUCAAGCCAAGUCCACGAAAGUUUCUUCGGGCCGUGUCCCCUUCAGUCAAAGCCAUCCUGUAGCCCACACUCGAUUUUUGGCCAUUACAGCACCGUUCCAUUCGCCAUAUCUUCAAGAUGCGGAGUCUCAACUCUUGAGGGACCUUGCUGACGUCUCCCUCUCCGGCUCGCAGUUGGCAUUCCCCGUGUUUCACACGGAAACCGCCCAAAAUCUGCAGAAAACUGGUGAUAUUGUCCCCCAUCUGAUAGAAAUGAUCUGCACCAGACGUGUACAGUUUGAAAAGGUUGUGGGUACCACCCUGGCCGGAGUGACGCAUGUCCUCGACUUCGGUCCUGGCGGCGAGGUUGGCAUUGGAAGCCUGGUAAAUCACCAGAGAGAGGGCACAGGCCUGCGCACAUUGAUCCUCAGCACUACCCUGGGGGUCGCUAGUAGUCACAACUCCACGCUGGGGUCUGAGAGUGAGCUGUACACCCAAAACGGACCAGUCAUUUACAACCCUGCCUGGGACGCCGAGUUCACACCGCGCCUCAUGCGUUCCGUUUGGGAGUCUCGACACCUGGUCGACACCAAGUUUAGCCGGCUAUUAGGCGUCCCUCCAGUGAUGGUUGCUGGAAUGACCCCGACUACCACCGCAUCGGAAUUUGUAGCUGCUAUCAUGAACGCUGGCUAUCAUGUUGAGCUGGCCUGUGGAGGAUUCCCGGAUCGCAACAGCAUGCACCAGGGUAUCCUGGCAACCGCGGCAGCAAUAGCCCCGGGCCGUGGCAUUACAUGCAACGUCAUAUACGCCAAUCCUCGAGCUAUGGCGUGGCAAAUUCCCUUACUGAUUGAGCUAAGAAAGUCGGGUAUCCCCAUCACAGGUUUAACCAUCGGUGCUGGUAUUCCCUCGCUGGAGAUUGUCCGGGGGUACCUGACCGACAUGUCACUCACCCAUCUGGCUCUCAAACCAGGCUCUAAAGACGCCAUCGAUGGUGUUUUGGCAAUUGCCCAGGCAAACCCCACAUGUCCAAUCAUCUUACAGUGGACAGGUGGUCGGGGUGGUGGACAUCAUUCCUCUGAAGACUUCCAUGAGCCGCUUCUAGACCGAUAUGGACAGAUCCGAUCUCAUCGAAAUGUGAUUCUCGUUGUCGGGAGUGGGUUUGGUAAUGCCGAGGAAACCUAUCCCUACUUAACGGGUACCUGGUCCCACCAGUUCGGUCGUGCACCUAUGCCGGUGGAUGCCAUCCUGCUAGGUAGCCGUGUGAUGGCGGCUAAGGAAGCUCAGACCAGCGAGGAUGUGAAGAGGCUCAUAUGCAGCACUCCAGGUGUCAGCAACAAAGAUUGGGAGCAAACGUACGAGCGUCCAACCGGAGGAAUCAUCAGCGUGCGAUCCGAGAUGGGCGAGCCGAUUCACAAGUUGGCCACACGCGGCGUCAUGUUAUGGGCCGAGUUGGACAAGUCAAUCUUCUCCUUACCACGGGGUGAACAAAAAGCUGCUCUGCUCGCACGAAAGCCUUAUAUCGUCAAGCGUCUCAAUGAUGAUUUCCAAAAGGUCUGGUUCGGGCGAGAUGUAAAUGGCGCAACUGUCGAUCUGCACGAAAUGACCUACGCUGAAGUGUGGGACCGCAUGAUCGACUUGUUGUAUAUGAAAGGAACUCAAGAGUGGAUUGAUCCUUCAUGGCAGGCCCUGGUAUGGGAUUACACUCGCAGGUUAGAGGAGAGACUAGGGAAGAAGCAGCGCCGCCUCCUCCAACGCACAGACCAACUAGACCAGCCCCGGCAGUUCCGAGACCUGCUAUUUUCGGAAUACCCUCAGGCACAUGUCGAUGUGUUGACAGCUGCCGAUGUAGAAUAUCUUCAUUUACUAUCACACCGUCGGGGGCAGAAGCCAGUCCCUUUCCUCACGGUCCUCGAUGAAGAUUUCGAAUACUGGUUCAAGAAGGACUCCUUGUGGCAGUCAGAGCGUUUAGAGGCCGUUGUUGGACAGGAUGUCGGCCGCGUGUGCAUUUUGCAUGGGCCAGUGGCCGCUCAGUACACAAAAACAGUGGAUGAGCCAGUGAAAAGCAUUUUAGAUGAUAUUCACAACACACACGUCGCGUGGAUUCUCCGCGAUCAGUAUGUGGACGAUCUCGCACGAAUCCCCUCGGCAGCAAAAAAACGCAAGAACCAACCAUAUUGGCCUGUCGCGGGGGUUCAUAUGUCUCCAGAUCAAGACGGAAAGACUAUCAGGUAUUAUGUCUCCGAAAACCCGGCAGACCUGCCAUCACCGGAAGUCUGGCUGCGAUUACUGGCCGAUGCCACUACUGCACCAUGGUGCCAUGCUGUUCUCACCGAGAAGAACAUUGUUCAGGGUAGAAUCCUCGCAUUCAAUCCUCUAUUGCGACUCUUUACUGUCAAACCAGGACUGGUUGCCGAAAUUCGGAAUCCACAAGCUCCGAAUGAGGCCGAGAUCAUUCUCAAGGAAAUCGAAAGGGAUGGACGCGGCAGAGAGCACGUGUUGGCAAUCGCCUCUCUUCGCUGUAGCCAUGAGGGCCUGAUUACUUUGACCCUCUCCGAUCAGACCGUGGAUGGUCGAGCGCCAGCACACUUGGUCUUUCGAUUUCAAUUCCAACCACGCGGUGGGGCUCCCAGCAUCCAUGAGUUGAUGCCUAAUCGCAACCAGAGAAUUCAGCAAUUCUAUCGCUCAAUCUGGAUUGGGGGUCAGCAAAUGCCAUCUACCCCUGAAUUUGUGUUCCGGGGUGAAGAUCUUGUCUUAGACCGAGAUGUGAUUCGCCGAUUUGCCAGGAGUUUAUCUAAUCGGAGUCCAGUCUAUAAUAGCUCUUGCUUCCAGGGGUUACUGGUAGCACCACUGGAUCUGGCCAUUGCGGUAGCUUGGAAACCCAUCAUGAGCUGCCUGUUCCCAGAUGUGGUCUCGGGUGAUAUGCUCCGACUACUCCAUCUAAGCAAUGGAUUCGAGCUUUGCGACGGAGCUACGCCAUUGCAAGAAGGAGAUCAUGUUUGGUCAGAUGGCCGACUUACAGCAGUGACCGUUAAGAAAGGAUCUAGCAAAGUCGUGGAGGCGGAGGGAACUAUCUAUCGCCAAGACAAGCCUGUAAUACGCUUGAAAAGCAAGUUCAUUAUGCUUGGAUCCUAUACUGAUUCUGGACCGACGUUUGAGACCAAGGAGGACAAAUGGCGUCUUCCGCUAGUCAUGAGAAAGGAUGUCGCUCUGCUUCAAUCGAGAACGUGGUUUCGUCCUGAAGGGAAGAUCGAUCUGCUGGACUAUCUCCACCACACGGUUGAGAUCCAGACCACGAGCCGCACAUGGUUUAGAGAUGCCGAAUCCACCCCAAAACUGAAGGUUGAGGGACGGGUUAUCUGGCAGUCUGAUUCACUAUCAGAGUCGGUGGUUCUUGGGUCGAUUUGCUUCUCCGAUGCUGCCCCUUCUGCCCGAAACCCUGUAACGGAAUACUUGCAAAGACAUGGGACCUCUAACACUGGGGAUAACUUUAUCUUUGAUGCCCCUCGGCCUCUCGUCCAGGAUCUGACUUUCACCGCUCCUGAUUCCGGCUGCGAAUAUGCCCGAGAAUCUGGCGACUGCAACCCCAUCCAUCUAUCCUGUCUCUUUGCUCGCUACGCGGGCCAUGAUACGCGAGUUACACAUGGCAUGUUUACCAGCGGAUAUGUGCGUGGUCUGAUCGCAUCCCAUUUGGCGCGCGGCGAUGAAACCCGUGUUCGAUCGUGGUCGUGCACUUUCGAUGACAAGGUCUGCCCCGGGGAUAAACUAUCGAUUGAAUUAAAGCACGUCGGGAUGUCUGGAGGCAAGAUGUUAAUAGCCGCGCAGGUGCAAAAUGUUCUCACUGGGGUCAAAGUCCUUUCCGGUCAGGCAAGCAUUGUCCAACCAACAACGGCAUAUAUCUUUACAGGACAAGGUAGCCAGCAAUUAGGCAUGGGCAUGAUUUUGCACGAGAGCAGUCCGACGGCGCGGCAAAUUUGGACAGCAGCCGAUGAGUUUUUUGAGAAUACAUAUGGAUUUUCCAUUACACAUAUUGUUCGCAACAACCCAAAAGAGCUGACGGUUUAUUUCGGUGGAGCUCGUGGCCGUGCUAUUCGAGAGAACUACAUGUCCUUGACUUUCGAUGCGGUGGAUGACGAUGGUACGACCAAAUGCAAGCCCAUCUUCCCCAGCGUCAACCGGACCAGUCGCUCCCACCGCUUUGUAUCGGUCGAUGGUCUGCUCCAUGAAACCCAGUUUACACAGCCGGCGCUCGCGCUGAUGGAAAUUGCGCGAUUUGAAGACAUGCGGAGUCGAGGGGUAGUUGAAGACGCGAGCCUCUUUGCCGGGCACUCUCUCGGUGAAUAUGUGGCCCUCACAGUCAUGGGACGUGUCUUCUCGGUGCAGAAGGUCGCUGGCUUGGUCUUUUACCGGGGUCUCAGUAUGCAGAAUGCAGUUCAACAGGACUCGCAUGGGGCUACCCAGUACUCCAUGUGUGCCGUCAACCCCACCCGGGUGUCUAAAAGCUUUGGCCAGGACGACCUGAGUUGGUGUGUAGCAGAGAUCGCUCGACAAGCUAAGGGGUUGUUGGAGAUUGUAAACUACAAUGUUCUCAGCCUGCAAUAUGUGUGUGCUGGUGAUCUUCGGGGAUUAGCAACCCUUACAGAACUCAUGAACGCCCUGGCGUCUCGAUCGUUGGGGACGCUAUCCAAACCCGCUAUGCAGCGCUUCAUCCAACACUCCUUGGCAGGACUAGAUGGUUGCACCGGGCCAGUGAUUCUCAAACGGGGUCAAGCUACUAUCCCUCUUAAAGUGAACGUGCCAUUCCACAGCAGUCUGCUCCGACCUGGCGUACCGUCUUUCCGACGGUUCUUGAGUCGCAAUCUGGCGGAAUCUUCUAUCCAACCCCAACAACUGGUUGGUAAAUACAUUCCCAAUCUCACUGCCAAACCGUUUGAACUUUCCAAGGCCUACGUGGAAAGUGUGCUGGCGCUGACUGAGAGUCCGGUCUUGGAGCAUCUCUUAUACAAAUGGGAAUCCAUGGAGAAUGGAGAAUGUGAUGAACGAGAUUUGUUUCCUUGGUAG